UAAUCUCCCCAAUCAAGCUGUGAACCACCUCCCAUUACGAGUCCAACAAAUCUCAAUCACCAUCAGAGGACAAGGUUCAUGAAAACACAAGACGGCAGAUUCACCAGCAAGAAGCACGAAACCAAAGAGAUCCCGAGUACAAGAGAAGAAAUGUACAAUCAAGGACCGGUAAUCGGGAGGAUAAACCCCUCAUUCAGUGGCGCUCCAGAUGAUCCAUCGCAGAAGCCAUGGAUGGGUCAGCCUGUGCCACCAGGGUCCUAUCCCAACACUUCUGGAUAUCCCAGCCAGCCGUAUGCAGCUCGAACUGGCCCUCAGGGCCCGUAUCCCCAACAACAGCAACUUCAAAGCAUGUCUAUAUAUCCACAAAGAUUGAAUGCAGGUCACACCGGGGUCACCGUUCAGCCCACUGUGUUCAUGACCUCCACAACUGCGCCCGUUUAUAUGUCGGAUUACUUGUGCUACUCCAUCUUUACUCUGCUGUUCUGCUUUUUCCCUCUGGGAUUCGCUGCCAUCAUCUUCUCUGCCUCUACUCGAGAUGCUAACAUGGCUGGACGCCAAGAUCUAGCGAUCAGAUCCUCCAGAACAGCAUUGGUCCUGAACAAUGUCGCUCUCGGUAUCGGCCUCACUAUCUACACAGUGACCACCAUGCUCGUACUGUGGAUGUACGGCGUAAUUAAAUGAACACAUGCUGUAUUCUGCUUCAAAUUCUGCUAUUUAUGAUUUUGAUAUUGUAUUGGCAAGACCUUUUGAGUAAUAAUUGAUUGUAUGUUUGUUUUAUUUUUUAUGCUGUAGGACUGAAAAUUGUACUAUCAUCAAUGCACUGAGCACUUAUGAAACUAGAUUUAAUUUAGAGCGAGUUUCUUUUAUUCUUUCAAAUUACACAUUAAAAUAAAGUAUUUUUAAUGG